CGGCCGUCGGGCCAGGCUCGGGCUGCGGGCGCGGCGCGCGGGAGACCAUGUCCGGAGGCAGCAGCUGCAGCCAGACCCCGAGCCGGGCCAUCCCCGCCACUCGCCGGGUGGUCCUCGGCGACGGCGUGCAGCUGCCGCCCGGGGACUACAGCACCACCCCCGGCGGCACGCUCUUCAGCACCACCCCGGGAGGUACCAGGAUCAUCUAUGACCGGAAGUUCUUGAUGGAGUGUCGGAACUCGCCUGUGACCAAAACACCCCCGCGGGACCUGCCCACCAUUCCCGGGGUUACCAGCCCUGCCAGUGAGGAGCCCCCGACAGAGCCCAGCCAGAACCACCUGCGAAACAGCCCGGAAGAUAAGCCGGCCGGUGGUGAAGAGUCACAGUUUGAGAUGGACAUUUAAAGGACCAGCCAUUGAAUAAUGCCUCUGGGCCCCCUGACCCUUCUUGGGAGAAGAGUCGUACCAGCCAGGCCUUUUGCAAGUCAUAAUCCUGUGCAGGCAUUGAGUAUAGGUUCGGCCAUCCUGGCCCUCUGCUCCCUCACUCAGGGCACCUGCUCCCCCUUCCUCUUCAUGAACGGAUACCAGCGGAUACCUCCAUGUGCCUCCAUUCAUGCAGGUGCUUCCACCUUAAAGGGAGUGACUAUGAUGAGCACACCCUGCAGCCCAGGGCCAGGAUUGGACUCGGAGGAGCUCUUCUGAAUGAUAAUCUGGCUCUUCUAGCCCCAUCCUCUGGGGGCACACCCACCCCUUCCUUAGGUUGGUGUGCAUGGGAAAACUCUCCUCCCCCUUCUUCCCCAAGAGAGGAAAUAAAACCCACCUUCGCCCUAGGGCCAAGA